UAGAGGCGCCUAACGGCAGCUGUGAGUCGCAUGAUCCGUUCAUUCGGGUUCGCACGGCUACCCUCGUCUCUGCUCGGCUCUCCGCGUUUCCAAGAAGCAACCCCCGAGUUUACCGAAACUCUGCUGCCAAUGCGCUUGCAUUCGUUCGCGCGAGUACUCGUCGCUUCUCCGCGCGUGUCAAUCUCGCUUUCCACUUAUCAUCAGUUUCCUGGUCAUUUCACUUCACCAUGCGCUCCCACGAUGACACUCUUCCAUUCUGACUGAUUUCUAUCGUUAUCACCUCUUUUGCAAUUGUUCUUUUGAAAAAGAAAAGAAAAAAGAGGGAACAAAGAAGUGAGCAGUGUUUACAGUGUCUCCGUUGUUCUAUACAGUUUUCUACAGUUAGAAUGUACGCUGUUCACGUGUCACGUGUCGAUCCACGAUUCUGGUUCAAUAAAAAUCCUCUCUCGAGAACGUCCAGUUAGUUUGAUCGAUCACGAUGCAUUGUGAACGAUUCAGAUAAACAUACGAUCGAGUGUACGACAGUUUGACAACGGUUCGUUCGAUGCUGUGAGUUUUCCCGCGAUUUUCCUCGGGUCACCGUCGCGAACACGAAUCCGGUGAAAGCGCGUGAAUCGCAAAGGUACAUUCAUACUCGUCGAAGCGAGCACGAGAGUGUCAGAUGUUUGAUUAAAAGCGACUUUUCGUUGAUGGUUAGAUUUUAGGUAAAUAAGGGCUCUGAUUGCCACUGGCUGCGGGCUGAGAGCAGCCUUUUGAUCCUUUGGCUGGAAAACACGUUGCCUUCGACGAUACACGAGAGAAAAAUCUCGCUGCAAGCACGGCGGAUGCUUGUUUUACACGGAUUACGUCGGAAUUCAUUUCCACGCUAGUAAUAAAUGAACCACCGAUGGAAUUUCAUUUCGUGACUGGUGAUACGAAGAUCGAGAACUGGUUACCAGUGAAUAGCAGUGUGAUUGACAGACUGUAAGAUUGAUUCAUUUCCGUGAUUGUCAUCGAUCAAAAGUGUGAUUCAACGACAGUGAACAUUUUAAUCAGACAAGUCAGAUUUAUCAAAGAGACGUUAUUAAAAUAUUGCUCGUUUCAGUGUUCAAGAUGUUCAAUUCACCAGGUCCGACAAAUUUUUUCCUUCGAAUCAACGAUCAUAGAGCAUCGGUGUCGAAUAAUAGCGCGGAAGCUGUUUCUUGAGCUGAUUUGCAAAUUAAAAGAGGAUCAUUUUGCAUUCUGUCGUGAAAUCGGUUAAUGUCGUCACAGUGGAGGGCUGGAAAGUAGCUCCGAUUGCUCGUUCGAGUGGCGUUCACGUGGAAAUAUACGGCUAGAAGUCGGAGGAACUUUGUGUAAUCAACGAGCCGCUUCUUCUUCGGCUGACGUUCACUUGGCACCGGAAUAUCCGUUGAAAGAGGGAAUGAAGGGCCAUCCAGACAGCACGUAGGGACUGGCCCUUCUCGUCUUCGGAGAUGUGGCGCUAUCUACAGUACACUAUCCUCGGGCUUACCAUCGUCCUGCUGACGAUUCACGAGAUAGUUCUCGUCCGAGCCGGUGAACAAGAGAGAGUGGUCUGGUAUGAGGCAGCGACACGCGCGAUCGAAGCUCGUAUUCGCGCGUCGGCGGCAACUUCGAGCGUCAGCGGGACGACGCCACCGGUUGGUGUGGCGCGGGGCGUCGUUCUGUUCGUCGGUGACGGGAUGGGGAUGAGCACUCUUACGGCAGCGAGGAUCCUCUCGGGUCAACGUCAUGGAAACACGGGCGAGGAAGCGCAACUCGCUUGGGACAGCUUUCCAGCCGUGGCUCUGGCAAGGACUUACAACAUGGACGCCCAAGUUGGAGAGUCUUCGGCGUGUGCCACGGCGUUACUCUGCGGAGUGAAAGCCAAUUACGAGACCGUUGGCUUGGAUUCGUCUGCGCGUUUCGAGAUCUGUAAUUCCACUUUCGAUGCCCAUGUACCGUCCCUUAUCAAUUGGGCACAGGAGCAGGGUAAAUCGACGGGCCUAGUCACGACCACCAGGGUGACACACGCGACACCGGCGGCUCUUUACGCCCACGCAGCCAGCCGUUACUGGGAGGACGAUGGUAAAGUGCCACCUGCUGCACGGACUUCUUGCAAGGAUAUCGCACGUCAGCUGCUCGAAGACGAACCCGGUCGUAACAUCAACGUGGUGCUCGGUGGGGGCAGACGUCAUUUCGUGCCGAAGGUGACCCAGGAUCCAGAGGAACCGGAUAAAGAGGGUAGACGAUUGGACGGAAGAAAUCUGAUCAACGAAUGGUCGAGAAAUCAUGGGCUACGAAAUGUGGCCGCGAAAUAUGUCGCUAACAAGGAACAAUUCGAGAACGUGGAUCCACGCAAAGUGAAUCAUCUUCUUGGGCUGUUUUCCUAUUCCCACAUGGACUUUGACGUCGAUCGAAACACGAACGGAAGCGGCGAUCCUUCACUGGCCGAAAUGACGAUAAAAGCGCUCCGUGUACUGGCGAAAAAUCCCGAAGGAUAUUUCCUCUUCGUGGAAGGUGGCAGAAUCGAUCAUGCACAUCAUCAUAAUAACGCGUAUCGAGCACUGGACGAAACAUUAGCCCUAGAGGAAGCGGUAAGGGCUGUGAUAGAGGAAGUCGACUUGUCGGAGACGCUGCUCGUCGUGACGGCAGAUCAUUCCCACGUACUCACGCUCGGUGGUCUCGCAACACGCCGUGGAAAUCCUAUAUUCGGUUCUGACAGCAAGAUGUCGGAUGUUGAUGGACAACCGUAUACAACGUUGUUGUAUAGCAAUGGGCCUGGAUACACGCAGCCGAGGAAUAUAUUACGAGAGGCUGGAAAGGAUUCCAUUCAGACAGCAGGAGUGCCACGAGCCUGGGCGACACACGGCGGAGAGGAUGUGCCCGUGUUCGCCAUCGGUCCUCUGGCCAAUGUCUUGUUCUCCGGCAGCAUCGACCAGAGCUAUAUACCUCACGCCAUCUCGUACGCCGCCUGUCUGGGUCACCAUGCGAGCCGUUGCUCUCGAGAUUCCACCUCCAGCAACGACACAAUGAGCGUCCCGAUAAGCUGUCCCUCGGCGGAGCCGAACAGCGCCGCGAUAUCCAGCGACGUGAUGAAUGACCAGGCCAGAAAUCCACCCACGAAAUCCGCCGCGUCCCUUGAAACGACCAGCUGCCAUUCGCUGACCAGUGUUCUCUUGCUCUCCCUUAUCCUCGCCAUACUGCCCUCCCACCUAGACGCAACCAGUUAAUGCCCGUUUCAGCCUCCUCCGGUGAAUGCCUCUCUGUUACACAUUCCAGGUGAAACCUCCCGAAGAAGCCUCCCUCUAAUCUGCCCUAUUAAGACAACAGGUGAUCCUAACGAGCCACCAACGUCCUGAGAGAUUUCGGGUAUUAAACAGCACGAGAAAAGUGAAUGCAGCUGUGAUUAAUCAGGGCAAACGAUGAAUUUAUAGAUACGGAGGUUUUCGAAGAGAAUUCACGAUUUCCAUCAAAUUCGAAUUUCCUUACAGAGGAAUAUUAGGUACAAUUUAUCAAUGAUUCAACGUAUCGUGCCUCGAGAUAGAAGAACGUCUAUUCUACGCUUGGAAGAUUCAAGGAUGUAGCUUGAACAGGGUUAACCUACGUGACAUAUAAACUGUCCCCUAUCCCGUUGCGCUGUUACGUCACCUCGAAGGGAGACAGGAUUAAUUCCGGUUCUAUCCAACUUCUUCCGGGCAACAGACUCGUGUUACGUUGGACGUACGUGUACAGAGGGAACUACCGAUUAAUCAGCGUCAGGGAUCAACGAAUGAUACCUAAUCAUGAACGAUUUUCGGGAGCUUUGGAAUCGCGCUAGAAUGCGUUUAAUUGAAUUUUAACAAGUGUUGUAAAAGUGUUACAAGACUCAUCGAGUGAUGCGACGUUGUUUAAGACAGUUUGACUAUUCUCUUUUGCGAUUGCAAACUCGGUUGAAAAAUGAGCCAGAGCAAGUUUUUGAAUAAAUUUUCGAAGAAUUUAAAGUUACGCGAUGAAAAUAUUCGAAACGGUUAAGGAAACAAUCUACGACGGUAAUGACUAUUCCAAAACUGCUCGAUGAACUUUGACAACUUUCAAACCGCUCGCAGGAUCUAAAUGAGGUUUACAAGUGCUACGUGACGAGGAUACUUCAGUCGAACCGUGAAAGGAGUUCGGAUAAAGUCGAUUCGGUUCGAUUAAAAGGGUGUUAAAUGCGAUGGGACAGACAUUGUGUUGAUCGUCGAAACAAAGUGUCGGGGAAUUUCCUUGAAAUUCGUCGAAUAAAAUCCAUUGUAGAAGUGAUUGUCACAGAAUCUCCGUUUUUCGAGCAGGAAUGAAUUAAAUUCUCGAAAAAAACUAUCAAGUGCGACUGCUGUAUCGUUGAUACAAAUAACAAAAAAGUACCAAGUCAUCGAAGAAUAAAUUUGUUAAGCAAUUCGAUUGCAUUCUUUAUUAUUUUCUUCAAAAUUUUAUCGAAACAAGAAAAUCAUGAUCGGGUGGUUUAACGCUAUUAAUUAAUCAUUCACUGCUUUUAUGUUUCUCUUAAGAAUUUUUUCAAAAUGGAGUACUCUUUAUGAGAACCGUUUAAGGAAAGGAUCACCAGGGUAAAAAAACUGCUGAAUGUUACAUGUGUUCGAAAACCUGGUCUCUUAAGGAUUCUUCGAGCGAACACUGCCAUCCAAGAUUUCAGCGUUCAAAGAAGAACCAGCGAAACCUUAGCGCGAAUCGAUCGAGAAAAUCUGUUCAAGCAAUUUUCCCAAUUUUCCUCGAACAAA